AAAUUUGAGUGGACUAAUUACUUCGUAAAGUAAUUACAUGCGAGAGCCAAUCCAUGCCUCAAGACACAGUGCAAUAACAAAGCGAUGAAUACCAAUAUUAGCUAAAUCAUACGCAAGCGUUGGAUGAAUGCAUUGAGGUGUAGAGUCAAACCUUCAUAUCUCCUUGGUAUUUUUCUUUCCUAAGAAAACCUUGACAAGUUAGGUGAAAGGAGAUGGGAGAGGUGCUAUAACUACUAAAUACAUUGUUAGACUUGCCAGUGAAUCAAGAGGUUUAAGAGUAACAUAGUUUUCAUGUUAGGUUGACCUUUAGCUCAAUUGAAAAUUAUAUAGUUAAUAUUAUAAUGGAUGCACAUCUCCUCUCUCCCAUUUCAUUUGAUCAAGUCAAGGCACCUGAGUAACAUAAAUAAGGAAGUAUAGACAGAUUAUAUACAUAUACGUAAUAUGUAAUUGAAAACAGGCAUAGCUCAUAUAUUAGAAAGGGAACAAAAAUCAAGCAAACUAAUUGAUGUAAACACAAAUUAAAGUUGUCCUAAUAUGUCGACAAGUAACAUGACCUCGCCACCAGCAGAAACACCAGACUCUACCAUACACCCGCCAUUAACUACACCGCGGAAGACAUCUAAACGGGCCCAUAUUACAGUUCUGAAGAAGGCAGUUGCAGAAUUAGUAGGGACUUUCAUUUUGGUAUUUGCAGCAACAGCAGGAGCUAUAUUGGACCAAAAAUAUGAUGGGAUUCAAACUCUACUAGGUAGUGCAGCAUGUUCUGGCGUUGCAGUGAUGAUAAUAGUUUACUCAAUCGGUCACAUUUCUAAAGCCCAUCUUAACCCAGCUGUCACAAUAGCAUAUGCGGCUCUAGGCCAUUUUCCUUGGGCCCAAGUACCCAUUUUUCUUGUGGCAGAAAUUGUGGGAUCUAUAUCUGCUUCCUUCUUGGUCAAGGCUGCUUACCACCCUUUCAUGUUUGGUGGUGUUACCAUCCCUUCUGUUAGUGUUGGACAAGCUUUCCUGUUGGAAUUUGUUGCCACUUUCUUCCUCAUGUUCGUCAUCAUCCCGGUUGCGACCGACGCUACUGCGGUAGGCAACUUAGCGGGAGUUGCAAUUGGAGGCGUUGUCAUGCUUGACAUUCUCAUCAUUGGGCCAGCAACAGGUGCGUCGAUGAAUCCAGCAAGGACACUAGGACCAGCCAUAGUUACAGGAAGGUACACUGGAAUAUGGAUAUACAUGUUGGCUCCACCUAUGGGUGCUGUUUCUGGAGGAGCUGUAUAUGCACUCAUCAAGCUACCUAAAGAGGACUAGACGUACGAGGGAUUCUUGUAGGAUGCUUCAAGCUUAUAUACAUCUGACCUGCUGUAGUAUCUGCAUCCUAAAAGAGUCCUUGAGUUAAAAAAAAAAAAGAGAA